AUGAACGAAGACACUGAUCAUAGUAGUUCUUCAGUCUCUACAGGAUCUUAUUAUGAUCAUGGUUAUCACAAAAUUGAAUACUUUGCUGAUUCCGCAGUUCCCAUCAAUCUCUCCAAGUCUUUACCAGGAAGUAAUUGGUGCCCAACUCGCCAGGGAGCCUUCUCUUCUUCUUCUUCUUCUUCCUCUUCCAAUCAAAAGAUUCCUGAUGACACUACGGACGUAUCUACUACUUUACGACAAAUCUUGCUCAGUAAAAAGAAUGGAAGAAGCAGGAACGGCGCUAGUUAUAGCUAUAUGCACAGCCGCAGCAGCUCAGGAGACUCGGAUUUUCCUAUUGCUGACAAGAACUAUAAGGGGAAGCAUACUGACAUAGGAGUCGCUAACAAGAUCAUGAAAAAGAAAGCUCCUUUCAAGUCCAAGGGAAGUUCAUCAGGUUCUUAUGGAUGCAAGAUAUGCCAUCAGGUUUUUAGUGAUUUUCACAGUCUUGGUGGACAUAUAGCUUCACACAAUAGAAAAAAGAGAGCAGAAGAAGCUGCAUUGGCUGCGCCAGGGCCGGAACUAAAGGUUCAAGCAUUAGAAAAAUUAGCAACAACAGAAGGUAUCAAUGGAGAUACCGAUAACUAUAUCUGUGAGCUUUGCUCAAAGAGUUUUCCCACCGGACAGGCACUUGGAGGUCACAAGACCUCUCACCGGAAACGGAAGGCAGCACCUCAGGAAUGCACCGAUCACCAAGUUGCAUCUUCUGCAGAAAAUCAUGUUUAUGAAUUUGAUUUGAAUGAAUCUCCAAAUGAGAGCUUCUGGGGCAGAACCGGGACUGGUUUAGUGUAUUAGAAACAUUGGUUCUUCUUUUGGUUCAAGUACUUGAAAGUAGCAUAGGCGAUGUCUUUGAUUAAUAGAUUUUCCAAUUCCAAGUCCAAUUAUGAUAGAAAUUUUCAGUAGAAAACUUUGUUUUGGCAAUUAUGUAUUUAGUUAUUAAUCAAAUUACCAUACUCCAAUGUGUAGUAUGUGAUGAAUUUUAUA